AUGGGGAGGAGGAUACUGAAUGAUGCGUUGAGGAGUAUGGUGAACGCAGAGAGGAGAGGGAAAGCUAAGGUGGAACUCAAACCAAUUUCCACUGUUAUGUCUUCAUUUCUCCGUAUCAUGAAACAUCAUGGUUAUAUCAAAGACUUUCAAGUCUAUGAUCCGCAUAGGGUGGGGAGGAUAACGGUUGAACUACAAGGUAGGAUUAACGAUUGCAAGGCCCUUACACACCGAAAAGAUAUCAAGGCAAGGGAUGUUGAAGCCUACAGAUUGCAGAUUCUUCCAACUCAUCAGUGGGGUUAUGUUGUGAUUACAACUCCUGAUGGUGUUUUGGAUCAUGAAGAAGCCAUUAAGAAGAAUGUUGGUGGCCAGGUUCUCGGUUACUUUCACUAA